AUGUAUCCCGGAUUGCCUUCAACAACUUCAAACCUUUUCACUAACUCUGCUAAUCAACCAAAUCAAAUAACCCAUCAAACGAUCGUAAACAAUUACGUGAACCCAAAUGCUCCCCCACCAGGUUUUGCACCCAUUCAAGCUGGAUUUGGUGAAAAUUACUAUCCCAAUUUUCACGGCCAACCAGCUUACAUUUACAUCAACCCUGCAAAUCAGGUACAUGGGUACCAGAUUCAAAAUCCAGGUUUCUCCUUUCAUGAGAAUCAAGUGACCGUGAAUGCACCCUUUUACGGUCAAGGUCCUGCCUACAAUUAUCCCGUUGAACAGAUGAGGACUCAUGAUUAUUUGGUGAGUCCUCAACAGGCCCAACCUCAGGGCCAAGUGCAGAGGAAUACUGUUCUGCAGCCAGAACGUCCCAUUCUUCCAGAGGGUAAGUCAAGGAUAUACUGGACCCCGGAGCUACAUGAAGGCUUCACCCGUGCAGUGGAGGAGCUUGGCGGCUGUUUCAAUACCACACCCAAGGCCAUACUAAAGAGGAUGAAUAUGAAGGGAAUAAUCGGAAUAACCAGAGAGCAAGUGAAGAGUCAUCUCCAGAAUGUUCGAAACACGGCUCCGCAAAACUCUGGAAUCCCGGAUAAUGAGGCUAGUAUGACGAAUGUCACGUUUGACUCUGGUGAAUUUGCAUUUGCACCCGUUAUUCGAAACACGGCUCUAGAGAAUAAGUCUGAUCCUCAAAUCUCUGAUAAUGAGAGUCAUACUAUUAUGACAAAUGCUGCACUUGACUCUGGUGAAUUUCCACGCGUUGAUGAGUAUCCAACCAACAAUCAGAGCUUUGACUCCGAUUUUGAGGAUUUUGAGGAUUUUGAGGAGAUGCUUCAGAGAUUUUGUGAUGGCUGUUAA